CCUGACUUGUGCCCGCUGCCCAACCGGGUCAACAUACGGGAUAUUUUUAAGAUGCCCCAAAUCCAAUUCAUAUGUCCUAUACCCAUUGGUCCUUAGUUGCUAUCCACCCUCUGGGGAUCGUAGUGGACCGUCCUCAUGCAUUCGAAUCAAGGCUCAUCACCCCUGGAAGAAUUCGCUCGACGGACAUCUCGAUAUCGAGGAGGCGAGAUCAAUCUCAGCGGAAAGGUGACGAGGAAUGACGCGGUAGCGCGGGGAGGGUAUGCUACUGUAUAUCGUGGAGUUCUGAAUCCACUGGGACGGAAGGUCGCCAUAAAGACAACACGGGGAGGACCUCCAGGUGAUGAAGACACUAUCAACCGUGUCCUCAGAGAGGUGCAUCUGUGGUCUAAGCUUCAUCAUGACAACAUCCUUCCGUUGCUCGGCAUCACCACAGAUUUCGAUUUCACAAUGUCAAUCGUUUCCCCAUGGAUGGGGAGAGGAGACGCACGUAAAUACGUCCAGAACGUCGACGUCGACCCUCGCCCUCUGAUAGAAGGGAUCGCUUGGGGAUUACAAUACUUGCACGGCCUCAAACCGGAUGCUGUGUUCCACGGGGAUCUGAAAGGCGUAAACGUGCUGAUAUCUGAUGACGGCAGACCACUCCUAGCUGAUUUCGGUCUCUCGUAUCUUACCAAUUCCUCCUUUAGCGUGCCCAUCGUUGAAUCGUUCGGAUGCACAAUAAGUUGGACGGCUCCGGAAAUGUUUGAGGUUAGCAAACCAACGGCAAAGACUGAUGUGUGGUCAUUUGGAAUGACCGCUCUGGAAUUGUUCACCCGAAAAACCCCAUUCCACCGUUUCCGGGGGCGAGCCGCCAUGGCCAGGAUCUUGAAAGGUCCGCCAGACCGCCCUACGGAUGAUGACACGUGUUUCCGUUUGACUGAAGAGUGGUGGAGGCUAUUGUCUUCGUGCUGGGAGAGUGAACCCAGAUCACGUCCUACCAUGCCGUAUAUUAUCGAAAUGAUCGAUAGGAUAAACAACUUUGCCGGUGGUAGGGCCCGUACCAUUACCGAUGUUGAUGCCACCCUCGGCCAAUAGUUCCAAAACCUGAAUGUACACAGCAGCUUACCGGCACCUGUUUUUCCGCAAUCCAAUUUUCCGGUUGAAUUUGACAAUCAAAAGACUAUCAAUACUGUCACCAUUUUUACUUCCAACAUUAACCCCCUUCUCGCUUCAACGAAAGUACGCCUUACUGUUCCAGUCGUUAGUUUGAAGUCCAGUACAAUCAGCGCUAGCACGACCUCCUCUCUGGUCUUUAUAC